AUGGCGAAUCGAACGGAUAAAGCCGCGAAAACGGUCAAGGGAACAAAUCCCCAAUUUUUGGUCGAAAAAAUUAUUCGACAAAGAAUUUAUGAUAGUAUGUACUGGAAGGAGCAUUGUUUUGCGUUGACUGGUGAGGUUUUGGGGGGGGGGGGAAUUGAGAUUUUGGGGAAUUCGGACCUGAAAAUUUGAAAUUUUCAUGAAAUUUUGAGCCUAGGUUUGAUUUUCAGGCCAAAUCUACAUUUUACUCGAAGUUCGAAAAUUAAAAAACAUAAUUUUUGAUCUAAAAAUUGACAGUAUAAUUUUUAUUAGGGCUCAUUCAUAAACGAAAAAAUGUUUUUUUUAUUCAAGAAAAAUCAAUUCACGAAAAGUUAGUUUUUCGAGUUUUUCAGCCAAAAAUGAUGACAAAUCGAGAUUUUUGAAGCUUCUGGUGUCAUUUAUGAUGAAAAUAAGCUUUGAGAACCCUAUUUUACCUGAUUUUGUUAAUUUUUUCAUAAAAAAUCAGCAAAAACCUUUGAAAAGUGAAUUCCAAGGUCAAUUUUCAUCAGAAAUCACUCCAGAAGCUUCAAAAAUCUCGAUUCGUCAUCAUUUUUGACUGAAAACUCGAAAAACUAAUUUUGAUCUAGCAUGUUUUUUCGACAUUUUUUGACUUUUGAAUUGAUCUUUCGAUGUUAAAAAAAACUAUUAGAAUCCACGUGGCAAAAUUGACCCAAAAUUUGGUCCAAAACAGGAAAAUCAAUAUUUUCAAUCAGAUUUUUUGCUGAAAAAACAAAAUAUCGAAAAAAUUCAGGUUUUCAGUGGAAAAAUUUAGAAAAAUUAUAAUUUUCACUAGAAAAUUUAGAAUUCACUAGAAAAAUUGAUCACUAAAAAUCAACUAAUUCGGAUUUUCACCCCAAAAAAUACCCCAAAAUUUUGCAGCCGAACUCGUCGUCGACAAAGGCAUGGAUCUUCGUUAUAUCGGUGGAAUCUAUGCCGGCAACAUCAAACCCACUCCAUUUUUGUGUCUGGCAUUGAAAAUGUUGCAAAUUCAACCGGAAAAGGAUAUUGUUUUGGAAUUUAUUCAGCAGGAGGAGUUUAAGUGGGUUUUUUUGCAUUGCUCAUGUUAGAAAACUGAAAAAUUUGAUAUUUCAGAUAUAUUCGAGCUCUUGGAGCGCUCUACCUUCGUCUAACAUUCGACAGUGUUGAAAUCUACAAAUAUCUCGAACCACUAUUUAAUGAUUUCCGAAAACUUCGAUAUAUGAAUAAAAUGGGAAGAUUUGAAUGUCUUUAUAUGGACGAAUUUAUCGAUCAUUUGUUGCGAGAAGAUCGAUAUUGUGAUAUUCAAUUGCCACGUCUUCAAAAACGUGUGGCUCUCGAAGAAGUUGGCGUAAUUCAACCAUACAAAUCACUCUUGGAUGGAGAUUUGAUGGGAAUGAGUGAAUCGGAUAGUGAAGAAGAGGAGGAGAGAAAGGAGAAGCCGCGAUUGACGUCGAGAAGAAGGAGUCGAUCAAGAGAUCGAGAAAGGGAUUUGGGAGAUCGGAGAGAGGAUCGAGAGAGGGAGAGACGUAGAGGAGAUGGAGGGGAGAGGCGGGAGAGAAGUCGAGAGAGGGAUAGAGAUCGAGAGAGAAGGGGUGAGUUGUUUUUGGGAUUCGGAAUUAUCGAUAUUUGCCUGGAAAAUGUGAAUUUUUGCUCUGGGAGCUGAAAAAUCUUAUUUUUUCAUCAAAAAUUCUAAAAUUUUCGAAUAAACCCUGAUUUUCUUCCCUGCAAGCUGAAAAAUCUUGUUUUUCAUGCAAAAAGUCUAAAUUUUCACCUUGAAAUCGGAAAUUUUCAAAUAAAAUAUGAUUUUCUUUCCUCCAAGCUAGAAAAUCUGAUUUUUCAUGCAAAAAUUCUGGAUUUUCACAUUGAAAUCGGAAAUUUUCAAAUAAAAUAUGAUUUUCUUUCCUCCAAGCUAGAAAAUCUGAUUUUUCAUGCAAAAAGUCUAGAUUUUCACCUUGAAAUCGGAUUUUUCCAAAUUAAAUAUGAUUUUCUGCUCUGGGAGCUGAAAUAGACAAUCUUACAGCGGAUAAUCUUUAAAAUCAGAAUUUUUCGAAUGAAAUUUCACAAAAUUUCCGAAAAUAUUGAAUUAAAAAAAACAAUGCAGAAAAAACUGGAGUUUUUGCCCUGGAAGCUGAAAAAUCUAAUUUUUCAUGCAAAAUGUCUAGAUUUGCAUCUUGAAAUUGGAUUUUUCGAAAUAAAAUAUGCUUUUUUGCUCUGAAAGCUGAAAGAUCUGAUUUUUCAUUAAAAAAAGCCUAGAUUUUCGUCUUGAAAUCGAAUUUUCUGCUCUAAAAGCUGGAAAAUUUGAUCUUACAAUCUGAGUUUUUCAAAAGAAAAUUCACAAAAUUUCCAUUAUUUGAUGAAAAUACUGAAUUUUUCAUAAAAAUGCAGAAAAAACUCGAUAUUUUGCUCUCGAAGCUCAAAAUUCGAUAUUUUUUUCUGAAAAAAAUCGAAUCCCAGCUGAAAUUCUCAACAUUAUAUUCUGAAAUUCAACAUUUUUUGCAGACGAUGAUCGAGAUCGUCGAGAUCGAGAUAGGCCAUCAACAUCCUCAUCUUCAUCUUCGAAAAAAGACAAAAAAUCCAGUUCUUCUGGAAAAUAUGACAAUGAUGAAGAACGCGAAAUUGCUGAAGCCAAUGCGAUGAGAGCAAAACUCGGACUGGCUCCGCUCGAACGUUAA